AUGGCAGCACCACAUGGCCCGCAAUUGGGGCUUGGACCCGACACUGGCGAGCCGAUUGCGCAGCACGGCGCACGGGUUGUUGUGACCCCCCUGCUCAUCCUGGACGUGGCCCCAGCCGCCGUGGAGGAGGCGGCACAGGUCCCACAGCGGGGUCCAACCGAGGGCAGCAGUUCAGCCUCUCCCAUUCCGGCCAGGGGCAGCGGGGCACCUGGGAUGGUGGCGCUCAGGGCAUUGCCGGGUGCGCUGGAGCGCUCCUACUGGAACUGGCGCCUGCGGUCUGACCUCGCACAGGUGGACGCGGCCUUCCUGGCAUUUAGCGCCAGCCAGACGCUACUAAUGGCCAGCCGUGACGGCGGAGCCGGCCACAAAGCCGUCGCGCUUCUGCUGGGCGCCUGCCUGCUGCAGCUGGGUGUCAUGCUGUGCGCGCCGCGCGCGUACGCCUCAGCACGUCUCCCGCUGACGUGCGCUGUGCGCGUCCUGCACUCUGCGGCCGGCUUCAUGUCGCAGCGUGGCCUGCAGGCGAUGCUGGCCGCCGACGCCCUGCAGGCUGCUGGCGCUGGCGCCGCAGCCGCAACGGCACCGCGCGGGUCGGUGAUGCAGGCGGUGCUUGCCUGCACGGGCAUUGGGCGGCUGGUGCUGCAGCCCUUGGGCCUGCAGCUGCCCUUCAGGCUCGCGCUACCUUUUCAGCUGCUGGACUUCGCCAUAGCCAGGGGGCUCGGCGGGGACGCGCUGCGCUAUGUCACUCGCUUGCUGGAGGUGCGGCGCCACCUGGGCACGGUUCUGCACCUGGCUCACGACACACUGGACGGGCUCUUCCAUGUGUCCACCGCGCUGCUGUUCCCUGGGGCCCACGACGUCACGCCGGCCUGCCCCCCUGCGGCGGCGGAGCUCCUGGUCGUGUUCGUGCAGCUGCUGUGUGGCUGCCUGCUGCCGCUGUACUGCGCCUAUAUCAGUGAGCUGUCCAGCAAGGUGCGGUACGUGCAGCAGUGGGCCGGCCGCGAGGACCUUGGAGUGCGCGGCGCUGAAGUGCAACACACCCGCUCCCACAGCCAAGGCGGCGCGGCCCUGGGCAGCGGCGGCGCUGCCAGUGCGGGCAGCGGGGGCGCCGCUGCCGCUGCCGCUGUCGCGCGGGACGGCACUGGCAGCAGCAUUUGCGACGAAGACGGCAGCAUCAGCAGCCAUAGCGGCGGCAGCAGGCUGGAAAGCCGCAACGGCGGUGAGCGCGGCUACGUGACCCUGAAGCUGCGUGGCCCGGUGCUGCUGCUGGAGCUUGAGAGCCUCGCAGACGGCACCACCAUCGCGCCCCAUUCGCAUGCGGCCUUGCUGCUUAUGCUGGUGGUGGCGGGCUGGGGGCUCACUUCACAGCUGCAGCUGCGCGCAACACUGACUGCACCUGCCUGA